AUGCUUACCCGGUUAGAAUAUUCGUUGUUUGUCUUGGAGCAUGAGAAUGCGCUCCUAUUAAUACAGGGACGCGAGGGGAAUUCCUUGAAGCGGGCAAAUUAUGAUCUAGAGGAGGAAAUUAGAAAAGCAUCAAAGGAAGCCACCCUCCCAGAAGAACUUCAGAUGGUUACAGCUAUUCAUAUGGGAGGAGUGGUAACCGUCAGCGAAAUUGUCAGGACAACUGGAAUACAUAUGGCCAUUCACGUUCUCGAUGAGCAGCAGCUGUCGCAAAAUCCUUGGGUAGAGAUUUGGCUGGAGAAUCUCAAACAAGUUCUAUACGAUGCAGAAGAUGUGGUGGAUGAUUUUGAAUAUGAAGCCUUGAGAAGGAAAGUGACUCGGAAGGUACGCCGAUUCUUUUCUAGCCCUAAUCCACUCGCAUUCCACUUUAAAAUGGGACACAAAGUAAAGAAAAUUAGGGAGAGGAUAGAUAAAAUCGCAGCUCUUAAGUCUAAGUUUGGUCUGACUGAGCGGAUUUUUCAUAGACAUGUGAUUCAUAAGAAGAGGGAGAUGACCCACUCCUUCAUAGAUGCUUCUAAUGUCAUUGGGAGGGAAGAAGCUAAAUUUACCAUCAUUGAAAUGUUGUUGCAAUUUGUUGAUGGUGAAAAUGUUGUCUCCAUUAUUCCAAUUGUUGGACUUGGAGAUGUCCUUGAAUUAGAUAAGGUGAUUAUUGAAAUUCUCAAAUAUGCAUGUCUUGUACGAGAAGGAAAACAAAAUCCAAAUUUUACAAGAAUUAGGGGAGAAAUAGUGAGAAAAUGCGAAGGAGUUCCUCUAGCAGUCAUAACUUUAGGAUCGUUGCUUUACUCUAUAACUGAUGAACAUGCUUUGCAUAUUGUUCCAUUUUCUAAGGAUUAUGAGUUAGUAGACAUUGAUUUGGUUUAUUUAUGGAUGGCAAAUGGACUUGUUCAAUCUUCCAAUGAGAAUCAAGAGUUUGAAGAUGUUGGCUUGCGCUAUUUUAAAGUGUUGUGUUCUAGGUGUUUCUUCCUGGAUUUUUCUGAAUAUGGUGGUAAUGUUAGAUGCAAAAUGCAUGAACUAAUAAAUGAUCUAGCAUUAUCCAUCACACAAAAUGAAUACUCAAUGUUUAUCGGCAGCACUCAACAAUUUGCCAAGAGUGUUCGACAUGUAUCUUUUCCUUAUCCUGAAUCACUUUCCAAAGUUGUUCCUAAAUCCUUACAAAACUUGGAUUGCAUGCGAACCAUUUGUUGUCUCAAAAAGCUCCGAAGAUUGGCCGUCUCUAGUUGUAGAAGUUUGAUCUCUUUGCCACAAAGUAUAAAAUGCCUAACAGCAUUAGAUAGUCUUUGUAUUGAAGAUUGUAAAAACCUUGAUUUGAGAAUUGAGGAAGGAGAAGACGCUCAAUUUAGCCUACACAAAUUAGAGUUAAGAGAGUUGCCAAAAUUAGUGGACUUUCCACAAUGGCCUAUUCGAGGAUUUACUAAUACUUUAAAAGUGUUGGAAGUUGCUUACUGUGACAACCUCAGAGAAUUGCCAAAUUGCCUACAGAACAUGGCGUCCCUUCAAGAGCUCCGAUUCAUAGAUUGUACCAAGCUAAACAAUAAUCUUUUAUGA